CUUUAUACCGUACCCCAGGCAUUCGAGCGCAAUUCCAUAGACACAGCAGCAAAUGAGUUCGGCAGCCGGUGGCCAGAACAGCGCUACUAGUCCGACAGCACCAUCCUGGCAUCGGUCACGCGCCAAGGAAGGAGGCAUUUUCGCGACCCUGCUGAAACGCCCGCCGCCGCCAGCCAAACUCUCCGGACCAAAAGCCUAUCGCACCAGCGUGGUAUCCGAUGGUCUGGUCGUGAACGCCGCCGGCUCACAAAUGUACGCAAUUCAGCUGCCCACGGAAGACACCCGGGUGAACCCGAAGCUGCAGUACUCGGCGACCUCCGCAGCGGGCCCAGCAAGCUGUCGAAUGCGGCUGAAGAAGGAGUACACGAGUGCGUUUUCGCUGGGCUCAAAGAAGCAGGGCAGCCCAGACAAGGGCGGGUAUCGACCGAGCGUGCGUGGGCAGCCGGUGAGCGGACCGAUCGCUGUGCAGCACGUCAACCAUGUUUCGGUGUCGCAAUACCAGAGUAAGAUUCUACGGCCAAUGCUGGAGCAUGCGUCGUCAGCGCAGUCGUUGAAGUCAUCGUCCGCCAAGGACCCGCCGGUGUCGCCAGAAGAAGGCAAACCAAAGGUCAAAAAAAUCAACGACAUCAGUGCGCCGUUCAAUGUCAAGCACGACAUGCACAUCAGCAUCGAGGACAUUGACGAUGUGCUCAAGUAUAUGCCAGAUGCUCUUAAGCAGUACAUUGGCCCUCAGAAAACACCGUCGGUUUCCUCCACAGCAGUAAUGACAGACCGGAACACCCAGUCCCCCAAGGCGGACUCGAGCACCAGCUCCCCGCGCACACCAAUAUACGAGGAAAUGACGACAAAGCACGAUAACGAUCGUGUCGGCGCUUUGAAAAGCCGGGCCAGCGCAGCAAGCCUUGGCAGCGACUCUGCAGGCAACAGCAAAAUCACCGGCCACUCGACCCAGCACCCGUACCACCAGCAGGCGCAGCAGAAGCAACAGCAACCGCAGCAGCGGACAGCCAGCGCAGCGUCGUCGACCAAAUGCUCAGCGGCCGGGGCGGCGACUCUCCGGGAUCAAGCGGAUCGAUGGUUACGCCUGUCACACCCGAUAUGCCCGCAUCAGUGUCGCAGCCGCAGCCUCGAGUACGUGAAAAACACAUCGCCCUCUGGUAGCGACGCCAUGCCCAGCAGCCCGCAGUCAGCCAAGGCGCGCAUGUAUGGCGUGGAGGGAGUGGGCACUGGCAACAGCGAGGGCCUGGUAUCGCGGUCAGUCGAGGGAGAGAAGGGACAGUGGCUGCAGCGCCAGUCGUCGUUUGGGUCCACCCACAGCCUUCACGGCACCCGGUCUCCGGAUCUGAGUGUUGGUGCCGGCUCAAGCACGCACCACACGCCAACGCUGCUCGGAGCAGAGCCGCCAAAGCUCGCCACAGACAUCCCUACAGCCGAGCGGCAGGUGACGCUGGCGCAUCCGAGCGGCAGCAAAAAAUACCAGCGUACGCAGGGUGGUGAGAAGCAUCUGCUGGACGAGCCAUCGGCCUCCGUGGCUGCAUCCUCCUCGCUAACCAGCCCACCUGAGUCGUCGUCGGGACACAAGGCGUCGCGGAUAAACUACGGUGAGCUGGAGCCGUUUGCGGAGGGCGAGUCCGGGAUGGUAUACAAGACAACAAACAAGAAAAACAACCGGCAAGUCGCAAUCAAGGUGAUCCCGAAGACGGCCAAGGCGCGGUACCGCAAGCUGCGGACAGAGCUAAAGAUCCUGAGGCGCGUGCGGUCGCACCACGUCGUGCGGUUCUACGAGUACUUGGCGGUGGAUGAUUCUGUGUGGAUUGUCUACGAGUACAUGGGCGGUGGAUCCCUGGCAGAUCUCCUCGAGGGAUACCCGACCCUGCGCAUUCCCGAGCCUGUCGUGACGUACGUAAUCAACGAGGUUCUCUCUGCGCUGGCGUACCUGCACGAGCGUAGCAUCGUACACUGCGAAAUCUACAGCGACAACAUCUUGAUUGGCACCAAUGGCCAUGUCAAAUUGUCGGACUUUAGCAGCGCCGUGCAUUUGACAGCGGACCAAAAAUCUGUACACAAGUCUACGCUGGGCGCAGUCUACUGGAUGGCACCCGAAUUGGCCAAGGGAUCCGGGUAUGCGCCGAGCACUGAUGUGUGGGCGCUGGGCGCAACUGUCUACGAGAUGAUCGAGGGCCACCCACCGUACGAGGAGUACCCAGAACUGAAGGUGCUAGAACUGGCGUCGACCAAGGGGAUGCCUGCGCCAUCAGAUCCAACGGCGUGGUCGAGGGAUCUGGUUGGAUUUAUGAACCUAUGUUGUACAGUCGGCAGUGCUGAGCGGCCAACUGCGUCGCGGCUGCUGAAGCACCGGCUCCUGGUGGGCCAGGAUAGCGCCAGAUCCCCGAGGAUGCUGCUGGAAUUCAGCAAGCGCCUGGAACUAGAGCUCGAGGACGAGGAUGACGACGAAGAAAGCGAAUGAAGAUUGAAGAAUAGCAGUGCAUCUUCCAUAUUAAUGUAUCCUUAUUUAAGACCAUUCGGCUGCUAGCCGCCUACAUGCUAUGUGCUUGUAGACAGCUGGAUGAUAUCCAUGAC